AUGGCUUACACCGAUCACGGCGGCGAUCGGAGAAGAUACCGGAGCCCCCGCUCUUCAAACGCUCACUGCCGCAUUGUUUUCCUCUUCCUCACUUUCCAUUCAUUCAUCAACCUCGUCGGUGCUUCCAUUCACGACUACCAAAACGAAACCUUCAUCCGUCGAGCUAAUUCGUUUUUCUUCCAUGGUGGUAGUGAAGGUCUCUAUGCUUCUAAACCUAUCUCCCUCAAUAACUCUUUGUCUUCUCAAGAUAACUUCCCCACUGGUAAAUCCUUCAUCAGGUUUGAGUCUAUAAACUUUCGAAGAACAAAAGAAUCUGCUCAGAUGGCAAGUGCAAUGCAGCAAAAGACAGGGUUGGUUGAAGCUAUAAUAAUUAGGGUGAGAGAUAGGAAUAACAUUGGGGGUGUUUCUUUGAAUUCUGAUGCUAUAUGCUGCACUCCAGAGCUUGCUAAAGAAGGUUCUUGUAAGUUAGGAGAGGUUAUCAUCCGUGAGAACACCGAUGAACCGAAUGGGCCAAAACGCUUGCAGACGUUUUUUGAAGGACAGAAUGAAGAGACUAAUAUGGUUAUUCAAACUGUUGACAUCAAUAGUACUGGAAUGUAUUAUUUGUAUUUCAUGUUUUGUGAUCCUCAACUAAAGGACACUGUGAUUUCUGGAAGAACUGUUUGGAGAAAUCCAGAUGGUUAUUUACCCGGGAAGAUGACGCCAUUGAUGACAUUUUAUGGUUUGAUGUCUUUGGCUUACCUUUUUCUCGGUCUUGUCUGGUUUCUCUGGUUUGUACGGUAUUGGAAAGAUGUUAUCCAGUUGCAUUACCACAUUACUGCAGUCAUUGGCCUUGGCAUGUGUGAAAUGGCCUUGUGGUAUUUUGAGUAUGCAAAUUUCAAUUCAACAGGAAGCAGGCCGAUGAUAAUUACAGGUUGGGUCGUGACUUUCACAGCUGUCAAGAAGACAGUCUCGCGGCUUCUUCUUUUGGUUGUUUCUAUGGGUUAUGGAGUUGUCCGUCCAACGCUUGGUGGUCUAACCACAAAAGUCCUUCUUCUUGGUGUGGUGUAUUUUGUGGCAUCAGAAGCACUUGAGCUGGUGGAACAUCUCGGCAAUAUUAAUGACUUCUCUGGAAAAGCAAGGCUUUUCCUGGUGCUGCCUGUGGCUCUGUUGGAUGCUUGCUUUAUCCUUUGGAUCUUUUCAUCCUUAUCUAAAACCUUGGAGAAGCUUCAGAUUCGGAAAAGUACAGGAAAACUUGAGUUGUACAGGAAAUUUACAAAUUCUCUUGCCGUGACAGUUCUGCUAUCAGUAAUAUGGAUUGGUUAUGAGUUGUACUUCAAUUCGUCAGACCCUUUAGGUGAACUGUGGCGAAGAGCUUGGGUGAUCCCAGCUUUCUGGACUCUGCUUUCUUAUGCUCUCCUGAUACUGAUCUGCAUUCUCUGGGUCCCAUCUCGAAAUCCAACCAGGUAUUCAUACUCGGAAGAAACAGGGGAUGACUUUGAUGACGAAGCUGUCACUGUUGUUGGAAGUGGAGUGAAGGUCUCUGGAGAAAUGGCUACCAUGCUAGAAAGAAAAGAUAGAAAGGCAUCACUUACAUCACUUGUAGAUCAUCAUCAUGUAUUUGGAGUUAUUGACGAUCUAGAGGAAGACAAGAGGGAGUGA